GGCGCUGUGACGUAGAAUUGGAGCGACACGCGGAUCACAGAGUCGGGUAUGGCUCACACAGCAGGAUAUGGACGGAAAUAUUUGAAAGCAUUCGUGAGCGGAUUCUUCGUAGCCAUUCCCGUCACAGUGACGGCGUUGGAUCGACUCGCUUACGUGGCCCGGGUGGAAGGCGCAUCCAUGCAGCCCUCGUUGAACCCUGAGGGAGCCUUGUCAUCUGACGUUGUACUUCUCAGCCGCUGGAGUGUGAGGAACUACGAGGUGCGGCGUGGGGAUAUCGUAUCAGUCGUGUCUCCCAAGAACCCAAAACAGAAGAUCAUCAAGCGAGUCAUUGCUCUUGAGGGAGACUUCAUCAAGACCCUGGGCUAUAAAAACCGUUACAUAAGAGUUCCAGAUGGACACCUGUGGAUCGAGGGUGAUCAUCACGGCCACAGCUUUGACAGCAACACCUUUGGACCGGUUUCGCUCGGACUCCUCCAUGGCAGAGCGUCUCACAUCAUAUGGCCUCCAAACCGGUGGCAGAGGAUCAGAUCGUGUGUCCCAUCUGACCGCAGACCUCUGCUCAACUGGGGAGGAUCAACAGAAGACAACGACGACGGGGAUGAUGAAAAUAAAAAAUGACCUUUUGAGCACUUAUACAAUCAAUCUGACUCUUGUGUGCAUGACAGAUUGUCUGAUUGUGAUGACUGAGUUGCAGAUGUGUGGAAAAUGUGUUUUUAGAGGCGGGAUGAGGGAGAGAACAUCAAGGCCUUUGAGCUGAUGUGUAAAGCAGGACCCUUUAAGUCAAGCCUUUAAUUUGAACAAAUAAAUUUGAUGGAUCAUUUUUAAA